AUCGACACUUUCGUUAUCGUUGUAUCGAGCCUCGUCUGGCUUCGAUGCUAUACGUGCCUUCUAUAGCUGCUCACGAUGGUGGUUCUAGUUGAUCUAGAAGACGACGAAUCUCCUUCGCUCCAAACCCCGCACGCGUCGGGCUUGCUGAACGUCAAGCCACUGUACCAUUCUCUGGAAGCUUCACCAGCAGAAAAUGGGGAGGGUGCGGGAGAGACAGAAGAGAGACCGAACCCGAACAUUAAUGGAUUCAGCGCUGCCCUCAGCUGCUAUCCAAUAGUGAGCCAACUGGCUGCGCAGCUCGAUCUCAAUACGCUGCAUGAUCUUUCGCGGACGUGUAGGCAGUUUCGUGCAAAUCUACUGGAAUACCGCAGCCAACUUGUCAAGCACACGCUGCAUUGCGACAAUGAAGACGUCGAUUUCAGUGCGAGAGAGGGCGCUCAGGCAUACGCAGAGCAGCGCAUGAUACCAACAAUCUGUGCGCGCGACAUGGUUGGCGGCUGUCAGCGCUGCGGCGUCAUCGUGUGUCGGAACUGCACCAUGAAGCCGCCGCCUACGCCUGCACUUCGAGUACGUCAUCGUCGGCUAUGUAGUACAUGCAUCAAGGCGCCAUUGGCUCUCCUUGUAACUCCGCAGAAGCCUCGCUCACCGUCGGACUCCUCGUCGCCCAUGCCACGUCCAGUCGUGUUCGAUGACGAUAAACCUCGAGCCUUCACAGCCCCUGCUUUUGAGCGGAUUUGCAACUGUGACGAUGUAGUCUGGCUUUGUGCGCCAUGUGGCAGGUACCUGCGAAAUGCCGACGGCAUCUACGUUCGUGGCUGGAGCUGGCGCACACAAUAUAGGCACUACCUAGGUGGUGUGGGCACUGGCGCUGGCGAAGGAAACGAGGGUGUAGAAUGUGGAAGGCAAAUCAGAUGUCUUGGUGCACGCCUCGUUGAACACGAGACCUGCGAGGAAGAUCCCGUGUUUGAAGUUGCAAGAUCGCAAACCCCGGAGACACCUGAUCGACCUGAUCGCUGGAGGGGCACAUCCUACUUUCAUCAAGAAAUCGAAGGCAUUGGUGGCGUUCUGAAGAUCAAGCUCAAGAAGCAGUUACGCGUCGGCGAGUGCGUCAAGCUGUACGAGGAUGAGAAGGAUAGAUCCAUCCAGUAUCUUGAGCGCGAGGUUCGCGGAGAUAUAAGAAGCUGGUGCUCUUGGUGCGAUCGCGUUGUGUUGAGUAAUAAGGAUAAAGCCGAAAUUGCGGGUACCCAACCUGUAUCCAGUGGGUCAAGCUCGACUUCAUCUAUCAAGUGAAGUUACAACUCAAGCGGUAGGGAAAUCAAGCCUAUACAUGAUUAGAGUAGCGUAGGGAACAGUCAAUCUUAUUUUUUGCGAUGGAAA